CUUCGAUACACACACAAUCAAAAUGUACAAUCAAAUUUUAUUUUUCUGCGCAUCGGUUAUACUUUUCCAGGUUACAACAAGUCAGUAUAUAGGUCAGGGCAGUAUAUAUGGCAACAACUAUGCCAAUGCUGUUGCUGCUGAAAUGAAUUAUGCCAAUAACAUGGCAUACGGUCCUCUAGCUACUGAAGUCAUACCUGAAGUGGGACGAUCAUUUAACGGUGGCGGUUUAAAAGUAACCAGCUAUUCUUCAAUCUCUCCAACUGGCGUUACAGUUGAAUCUGAUAACCUGAUGAUGGAAGGCCCGUUAGCUGUGAGCGGUCGAUUGCCAUUCUCAGGAGUUGUGGCUUUAGAGGGUCCUCUGCCAGCCGCUGGACACGGUGCAGUUGCGUACGCUUGUGGUGAUGGAAAUGUUGGAAUCGUGAGUGAAACUAUUGAAAAUGGAUAUGGGCCAGGUUAUGCCAAUGGCUUUGGCGUCGCGAAUGGCCUACCUGGCUACAACGGUGUUGGCAAUGUAAUAAACAGACUAUGAACCGAUUUCUAAAUGUAAAUUUUCUAGUAUUAGUAUUUAUUGUACAAUUUGUUAAUUCAUUUUAAAAAAUAAUUAAAAUAUUAAAUAGUA